CUCGCGCUGUGUUCGGAGUAAGCCGUUAACUGUCCACUCGCUGCAGACGACAGGUGUGCUCGAAUCACGUCUACCGUAGCAGACGAUACAGGUGCCUGACUCGACUCAGGGGUGAGCAGACGAAUACACUUCUCCGGAAUAUUAUCGCUGCUUACUUCCGUACGCGGUACUACAUCACAAACAGAAAGCACCCGUUUUCAAACGAUAGAAGCAGACGGCAUGUCAGGCGGUCAAGCGAGGAUGAACUUUUUGGUGCAGGAUAGAGUGCGCUAUAGUAAUCAUGGAAAUGAGAGUUGGGAAUUCCCCCAGGGCAAGUAACACGGACGGGAUUGUUUGAGUGAAGGUGUGGAUGAGAGAAGGAUAGUGCUGGAUUCGUCAGAGGCUCACUGGUGUUGCGAGUAUACAGGUUAAGUUGGAACACUUAAGGGUGCCGCUUAUAUCGCCUCCUUUGUGCGAUCUGUUCUCAUGAUAAAUUUCGUUUGUGUUUUUGAACUUUCAUCAUUGAAGGUGAGGUCUCGGUGAUUCGCGAAAAGGAUUUUUUAUACAGUUGUGUUAGGAAACACGAAGUUCACCUUUUGAACCAAAAGAUUUAACGCGAGUUUUGUUGAAAAUUAAUUGAAUACCUUUACAACGAGUAAUAGAUACCUGGGAACACAAAAGGAUUUGGAGGAAGAAAAGUUGUUCGUACGUUGAAAGAGCCUUAUCAAUUGUUGUGGUAAUAGAAUUUCCUAAUUGAAUUUUACCUGUGUGUAUUUGUGGAUUUCGGCGACAAAGGCUUAACGAGUACACUCGACCACACAGACCUUGUUUGUGUUCAGCAUCCGGAAUAGCACAGUACUGUGGUGAGCGACAAGACCUUUAUUGACUUUAUGAAAGGGUAAUCGGAAUUUAUCCGUACAGAGAUUAUACUAUUAUACACGCUUAAUAUGAAGAUAUUGCAUCUGCAGUUACAAAGCGAAAAGUGUAAAUACUACAUAAUCACAAAGUGUUCUCGGUACAUAUGUUAAGGCAGACCCAGGAUUUCCUGUGGCUUGCCUCGUGUUAGCGCUGUAUCAUUGGAGAAGAAAACAGAGCAAACGACCAGUCAGUAUCUUGGAAAUACUGGUUCAUUCGCAGCCUAGUUGGAAACGUACGCUCUUAGAAGGAUGAGGUUUGUCUGACACUUUUUGAAACUUUGGUAACCGAGUCAUAAGUGACAAGCAGUUGUCUCGACCAAUCAGUGUCGAUCUUGGACAGAUGUUCUCAGAUAUAUGACUGCAAACACUUGACGACAAAUACCAGAAACAGUUUCGAGGAAAACCUGAGGGAUCUCCACAUAUAGUGACGUCAUUGUCGUAGCAGACGACACUUGUGAAAAUGUCGGAAAGAUUCGGUUGGCACGACUACUUAGUGCUGACGUUGAUGUUGGCGGUGUCGGCGGCGAUAGGACUGUAUCAUGGCUGUCGGCGAGGGGGACAGAAGACAACGGACGAGUACCUGAUGGGGGGCCGGGAUAUGCAGUUCCUUCCGGUCGCCUUCUCUGUCCUAGCCAGCUUCCUGUCCGCCAUCACGGUGCUGGCGGUUCCUGUGGAGAUUUAUUUGUUUGGUGCUGCGUUCUGGGUGAACGCUUUGUCCUACUUUAUCUCGGUGCCCAUCACUGCACAUGUGUUCAUCCCACUCUUCCACAGACUCAAGCUCAGGAGCGUCUACGAGUACUUAGAACUCAGGUUCAACUACAGCGUAAGGGUGAUGGGCUGCUUGGUGUUCACAUUGCAAAUGAUGGUGUACAUGGCUGUUGUUUUCUAUGCCCCUGCCCUCGUCUUCAGUCAAGUGAGCGGUAUGUCCAUGCUUGUAUCUAUACUAGCGAUCGGUGGCGUCUGCACUAUAUACACCACACUGGGAGGUUUGAAAGCAGUCGUGUGGACAGACGUUUUCCAGAUAGUUAUCGUCAUAUCCGGUAUACUCGCGCUGAUCAUCAAGGGAACAAUAGAAGUGGGAGGGGCAAGGGCGGUCUGGCAGAAAGCUUCCGAAGGCGGGAGAUUGGAAAAUGUAUUUGAUUUUGAUCCCGACCCACUGAAGCGUCACACGUUCUGGUCUCUGGUGUUCGGAGGUUCCAUUACGACCCUCAGCAUCUACGCUAUCAACCAGGCCCUCGUGCAGCGCUAUCUUGCCGUGAAGAAACUCAGGCAUGCCCAAGGCACCAUCUACUUCAACCUGCCCUCCAACAUCAUCGCGACGACGUUGAUGACAGGGGUGGGGCUGGUGACGUAUGCCAAGUACAAGGACUGCGACCCCUACAAGUCCGGCAAGAUGACCAAGUUUGACCAGCUGGUGCCCCUCCUGGUGAUGGAGACCCUGGGCAUGGUCCCGGGCCUGGCAGGACUCUUCAUCUCCUGUGUGUUCAGCGCUGCUCUCAGUACAGUGUCGUCUGGCGUGAACGCCCUAGCCUUGGUCCAUCUUGAGGACAUCAUCAAGCCUUGCUACAAGACAUUGACAGGGACCGCCAUGCGAGAGAAGCUCGGAACAGUCAUCUCCAAGGUGCUGACACUGUUGUUUGGUCUCUUGACGGUCGGGCUGGCGUUCCUCGCUGGUAAGAUGGGCGGGACGAUGUUGCAGAUAACCCUAAGCUCCUUCGGGAUGACGGGCGGGCCCCUCCUCGGCCUCUUCCUCCUCGCCAUCUUCGUCCCCUUCGCCACCACGCCCGGUGCUGUCGCCGCCCUGUUCUCGGGCCUUGUGUUCAGUUUGUGGGUGGUAAUAGGCUCCACUGUCAACGGAUCUCGCCCACCGAUCCUUAACAUCACCACCGACGGCUGUGACGUCAUGUCGGGGUUUAACUCUACGUACAGCACACCUACCACCAUGAGGUCAUUGCUUAGCAACAUGACCGUGGUCAUGGUAAACACGACCCUUACUGCGGACAGCCCCCCUCCGCCACCGAUGGCCAUCUACCGCCUCUCGUAUAUGUGGUACAGCGGGACGUCGGUCCUCGUCGCCUUCACUGUGGGCGUCAUCAUCAGCAUCCUCACAGGUGGUUUGAGGAAGCCGGACGUGAAUCCAGAGCUGGUGAUCAACGUGUGGAAGAAACUGAAGACUCUGGUGUCUCGGAACAAGCAGCAGUACGUCCUCACAGACGAGACGACCAAGCUGGAGACCCACUGCCUACCAGAAUCGGUACAUCUUGAGCGAUGACAGAUGUAGAGGAGUGGGCAUCAGCUGUAGUUGUUCCUCUGGGCAAGUCGGUGACUCCACCUCACUGUAUAGAGAAGUGCCUAUCAAGGUGUAUCUCCAUGUACCCAAACAAUCCGUCCUGUGAACAACACGAAGACUGCUUCAAAUGCACGAGACUUCGGUUAUAGCAGCUGGUUGUCAUGAAAACUGCUAUUGACCUCAGGAGGGGCUUUGUUCAGAAUGCUUCCUCGAAGGAGAGGAUGUUUUGGGGUUUCUGUCACUUUCAUGAUAGGACACGCACAUCUUCCGAAAGAAAUCAAAAGCCUUGACUUGACAAUGAACAAUUGUAGAUUCAUCAUAAUCAUUUUUUUGUACAAAGGUAUAUACCAAGACUUUUUGUAUGUGUGGCAGCUGUAGAAGGAUUUGAUCGAUUGUUGAAUCUGUUAAACAAUAUUGUUAAACUGUUAUGCUAUCUUUAGUUUCAGCUGGAUAGUGGACACAACUCAGAUCUGAUAAAUAUAGGGGACACAGGUGGCCCAGUCGUCUAAGGCGCCGCUAUUCGCUGUGCAGAGUUGCGUCCCUUGGGCACGCCAGAAACUUAUGAUUGAGGGUUCGAAUCCUGGUUAGCUCCGAUUAUG